AUGGCGGCCUCUCACACUCGCGCUGGUAGCAGGGUAUCGCUAGGGCAGGGCGAACAGGACCUACCCAAUGGCUCUUGCAACUACCGUGACCUCAGCACCGGCUCAAGCGCGCCAGUAUGCGGCUGUACGAGAUUUUGGCUGAAUGUAUGCCACUUCAACGCGAAUGAUGGGGGUGUCGAGAGAGCAUGGUGCUUCUGCGGCCAUCAUGCUUGCUUCCACAAUGCGUUCAGCCAGCAGCAGGAAGAGCGGGGGCAGACAAUUGCGGGCAGUCGCAUGGGAAAUACACAGGCUGUGAGCGAGCGCAACGGGAGCGAUGCUGUGGGAGGUGCCCAGGGCUUCGUAACGCCUGCGAAACCUCUUGCGGGCUUGGGGAUACGGCCGGACUCUCGGCAGCAGACGGAGAGCAUAAACACUCGAGUCUUCCAGGCUCUCAACGAGUUUGCGCGCAACCAGGAGGAUGGAGAACAAGCCAUGUCCGACGCAACGUCCAAGCUGCCAUCAACGAAUGCCCCAAGCCUUGUAGAGGAGCCAUGGAAUGGCUAUGAGCCAGUGGCACAUCAAGCAUCACAGCAGUACCGUCCCAUGGCACCACCUGUCAAUAUACCACCUGGCCCGCAUGCUCGACAGAACGAAGAGUACAGCGCCACAGAAGUGGAUACGCCAAGUAUCGCAGGCACACCAGAUUUCCGUGCUCUGAUGUCGUGUUCCAGUAUUCGACCGUCUCCAGGACAUCUUCGACCAGGCCGCCUGGAAUUCCCACGGCCGCGGCCGCGUACCGAGCCUCCUCACACGACGGACGCGACAACCAGUCGACCCUUUCGCCCCGAGAGGCCGCAUCCAGUAGCCACAACUGUGCCGGACCUUCAAAAUAUCAUUGAGACGUACGGUCGUCGGCUUAACGUCCUGGAAAGCCUAUCAUUCUCUCAUGUGCCGGUAGAGGAAAUACAAGACCGCUUUGAGCAUUUCGAUGGCAGGAUCCUGGAUCUAGAACAAUGGCGUGCCGAUCGCGACCAGAAUCAGCUGAGCCCAGACCCUGCUGCCAGUUCGAGCAGUAAGCGAAGACGUAUGCUUCCGCACGAGACAAGCUCCUUCGACUCCGACGGGUCCUUCGAUCUCAACGCCGCCGCGCACACCGAAGCUGCCGUCCUCGCUACCCUAGCCGCAAAUGCAGAGACCCAUCCCAGGAUCGACGCACUGGAAGGUCGAGUACAGCAACUCGAGACCGCAGCUUUGCCUUCUUUCGCUCGGCCAUGGCAUGUCCAAGUCGUUCUCCUCCCAUGGGGCCGCGAUCUGAAGGGUAUAUGGUUUUCGGCGGCGGAGGCGACUCAAAGGUCGAUGAAAGCCAGCACGCAGCUUUCCGAGGAGUGGACGGGCGCUCAAUCUGCGCCAAAGCUUUCCUUCAAAUCGACCAAAAGCGGCGCCUGGACUACGGAAUCUAUUGAAGCCUGGGCCAACGAGGCAUCAGAGUGGCUCUCUCCAAAGGCGUGUGGUCCCAGCGGCGACGUGUUCCAACGGCUUGCCAGUCGUGGUCUUGUUCGCGAAGUAACCUUGGGCGAGCCUGACGCUCGUCACAUCAACAAUGCGAUCCGCGAUGCGUUGGGAGAACUUGCGAUCAGCACGAGCGAGACCAACUUUGGGGGUGAGGAGCUUAAGGGCUUUCAAGGGCUUAAAGAAUCCUUCAUACCGUUGCGCAAGGUCAGGAAAUCUGCUCGGCUACGGUUUUUGAGUCCUGCUGAGUUGGUCACAUCCGCGAGCUGGACUGCAUCUUUCCUAGACUCGAGCGUGUUCAUGAAGGUCGGCGAUGGGCAAAGGAGACUCUACGUCACUACACCAGAUGCCUACAUCCAGCCCAACACAGCCGACUCGUGGACUUGGAGGCGGCUACGUGAGAUGCCUGUCUUCGAGGCAAGCAUAGAAGAACAGGCUGCCCGAGCAGAAAACAUUGCGAUAGAGGCAUGCUGGAGCUUCAACGAGCGCCUUGAUCGAGCCGUCAGUCUGCAUUCGUCGUUCGCCUCUCAUGAGUCUCAAUGGAGCACUCGAAGCCUUUUUGCAGCCGACGACGCAGACAUGCCGAACGACCGCGCAUCUUCUCCGCAAUCCGAACUCCGGCCACAUCGACAAAGAACUGCAUCGUUGCCUGAGUCCAGCGAAGCUGCAGGAGAAGCCAAGGCAGCCUUACCCAAACGAAGAGUAGCCUCUUUCGAGCCCGUCGCAACCUGCGCAGACGAGCACGGCGUCGAGACCACUGCGAAGCGCCGCCGCAUCUCCAUCUCCCCUGAGGCUGAGCGGAGAGGUGUCAACUUCACCCCGCGAUGGUCGCGCGAGCCUCCUUCACCGUUCACUUCUGAAGCUCCAAUCGAAGCAAGGAGUCAGGGAGCGAGCAGCAGCCGCAAGCGCGGCACGACACCGUUUGCGUAUGCUACACCGCACAGCAACAACAACUUCGUCGGACGUGUGGAGCUUGGGAGCGGUGACGGGGAUACCGAAGUCGCCACGGAUAUUAUGGAUCGAGGCGGUGAGGAAGAAUGGGAGGGUGUCGAUGACGGAGCAACGAACCCCAGCGACGAUGCCAGCGUUGCGCAGGAGGGUGAUAUCGAUGACAAUGAGUUGGAGAUCUAUGAGGAUUGA